AUGUCUAUGAUGGCCGCCCCCAAGCACCCUGAACUCUCUGUCCGGCCCAAGAUGGCCGUCUCUAAGUUUGUAUUUAAGUUUGCUCCCCCUUAUCGCAGUUUGCCCCACCCAGCCUCCCACUCCCUCCUCCUCUCCUACCUCAGCCAGUCUGGAGCCACAGCAACCAUCACAGCGACAUGCCCCUGCUCAUCCUCAGUGCAUCAAUGCCUAGAAACACAGAGGAAAGAAUUAAGGAUUGUGCUUUUGGGGAGAACUGGAGAUGGAAAAAGCAGCACGGGGAACACAAUACUUGGUGAAAAUGUUUUCACUGCUUCUCAUAAAUCUACUUCAGUAACCUCUGAAUGUAAAUCAGAAACUAGAGACAAGAAUGACAGCAGAAUCACUGUUAUUGACACACCUGGAGUUUUUGACACCAAAAUGAGUGAGGAAACAUUGAAAAGAGAAUUCCUGAGAUGCAUGAUCAUGUGUGCUCCAGGACCUCACGCCUUCAUGAUUGUAUUUAGAGUUGGUAGAUUUACUGCACAAGAACGAGAAGUUGUAAAUCAACUGAAUGAUGUGUUUGGAGAAGAAGCUCUAAAAUAUUCAGUGAUUGUCUUUACUCGAGGUGAUGAACUUGAUCCCAAUGAAAAAAUUGAUGAUUUUGUUCAAGAAAAUGCUGAACUAAAGAGUUUUGUUGAUAAGUGUGGAGGUGGCUGUCAUGUCAUUGAUUAUAAAUGCUGGAAUCAGAGUCAGGAUAGAUACAGGAACAACACUGUUCAGAUUGACAAAAUAAUCAGUAGUAUAAAGGAUAUGGUCAAGAAAAAUGGAGGAUGCUGUUACACGAAUGACAUAUUACAAAUGAUGCAGUCAAAGAAACAGGAAGAAGAGCAGAAACAAAGAAGAGAGGAAAAUCAAGUUCAGGCUGUUAUACUCAGAGAGGAAAAUGCACUGCUUCGUGAAAAUAUAACACUGAAAGUAGUACUUGAAUAUUUUUUGAUAAAGUUUGCAUCAAAAGGUAUUCAAGAACUGCUGAAAUGGCUUUUCGGAAAAGUUAAUGACAAGAUGUAA